CAGCUCCCAGUGCCUGAGUUCCUCUGUUUCUAUUGCUAAUAGGGCGGCCAGAAGUCAAUCCCAGCUAUCGCUAGCUUUCAAGAGAAACAAGAUUUCGCCUUUCCCUCGAUCUUCAGCAAUACCACAUCACAACCAUACCAUGCCAACGAACAUCCUUAUAGUAGGCGCCGGCGCAAUCGGCGCCUUCUACGCCUCACGCCUCGCUCUGGUCCCCGGCCUCUCCGUCUCAGUCAUAUGUCGCAGCAACUACAAAGCCGUAAGAGCAAACGGUUUCCAAAUCACAUCCCCGCAAUACGGGGACUACACCUUCACACCGACCGACACCUUCGCGAACCCCGAUGAAGCACGCAAAAGCAACACACAAUGGAACUACAUUAUCGUCUCAACCAAAGCACUCCCCGACGUCAGCGAUGAUUCCGAGAUCUUAGAAGGAUUGGUCGGGAAGAACACGGCAAUAGUGCUGAUACAAAACGGCCUCGGCGUCGAAGAACCCUAUGCAUGCCGCUUCCCAGGAGCAGUGAUAUGCAGCGCCGUCACAAUCGCAACCUGCGCACAGCCCUCUCACGGGCGAAUCAAACAUAACCGCUGGACACGGAUAAACAGCGGUCCUUACCUGCCGCACCUCGACACCGGCGCACCUAAACCCACCGACGCUACCGCUGUAGACAAGAAUGCUGCUUUCAUCGCGGCGCUGGUCGAGGGCGGGAUAAGAGACGCCUCGGCGUACAGCCACGCAAAACUGCAGUUAGUCCGCUGGCACAAGAUCGCCAUCAACGCCUCCAUGAACCCAUCUUCCGUGCUCACACUCGGUUCCACAAACUACGCGAUGAGCAACGACCCCGAACUGCAGCGGCACUUGAAGGGCGUGAUGGAAGAGAUCCUCGAAACGGCGCCGAAAGUGCUGGGCCAGCCCAUGCCGAAGGACUUUGCUACACCAGACGCCAUCAUCAGGUCUACGCAACGGAAUACGAGUGGGAGCAGGCCGUCGAUGGCUAUGGAUUGGGAGCAGGGGAAGAGGAUGGAGAUUGAAGUCAUUCUGGGGAAUCCGAUUCGGAUUGCGAGGGAGAGGGGGUUUGAGAUGCCGCGGUUGCAGACGUUGUAUGCGUUGGUGAGGAUGGCGCAGGAGGUUAGAGAGAAGCAGAGGGCGAAGUUAUAAGCCAGGGUGGCGAUAGCAUGGAAGGAGCUGAUGUUAGCGUUUUGCGAGCACACGAUUUGGAGAGGGUGUGAGCGAGUGUUAGAAGCAGUAGGUAUGUACUGUGAUGCGUGUAAUGCUUUCAUUCUAUG